AUGGGAAUAAAUGGGUUGAUUGUAUAUUUGAAUAAGAAAGUGCCUGAGGUGAUAAGGCCUCUGGGUUCUCUCGACUCUUUGGGUGGUAAGAGGCUUUUUAUUGACUGUUCUAUGAUUUUAAGGCGUUCACUUCAUGCCUCCAUAAGGACUGUGCUAGAACGACUUAAAUUUAGUCACUCAGGUGGUAAUGAGCCAUUCGUGAAUGUAAAGUUGCUGAGAGAUGAUAUAAUGAAAUAUUCAGUCAAUCCAUUAUUAGUGCUGAAUAAAUCCUUGAAAGAAGUGGACGUUAAGGGUGGAAUUGACUCAACAUUCGUAGUAGGGCCCCUAGAGAACAACGAAACAAAUUCUAAAGUUAAGGACGCUUUGUACACUAAUAUACUGGACGUCAAGGAUAAAGAGUUGUUGAGGCGUAUAAGAGAGUAUUUGAAGGGCAGUACAAUUUACACCUUUUAUCCCCUCCUUUCCCAUACUGAUAUUAAUGAUAUCGCAAAUACCCUGAUGAACAAUUACGCAAAGAAAUGUGUUGAAUUUUGUGAUAGUGGAGAAGAUUUCGUUUUAUCUGAUGAUACCAAUGCAAUUGCUUACGGAGCUCCCAAUGUAAUAAGAGACUAUUUGGGAUCUAAGGAGCCGAGUGUAAUAAAUCACAUGGAAAUGUUAAAUGCACUGAAAAUGACUAGAGAUCAGUUCAUUGAUUUUUGUAUUCUACUAGGCUACAAAGCAAAUGUCAGGAUUCCUGAGAUAGGACCUGAAAGGACAUAUAAUAUAAUAAAGAGGUACAAAAGCCUUGAAAAGUUUCUGGAAUCCGACUUAUACCAACAACUAUUCAAGACAAAAAAGGCUACAGACCUACUCCUAAAGUAUGGAAUGGAGCUCGGAGAAUUCACGAACAAGUUUUUUAAUCCCGAAUUCAGACAGGAACUUAUAAAGAAUGUAAAUUAA